GCCACAUUAUUAUUCUUAGCGUCUUUCUUCGCUCAUCUCUCUCUCUCUCUCUCUCUCUCUCUCUCUCUCUCUCGCUUACAUUUUCUUGUCCUAGAAACUUCAUGGAACAACGUUUGUAGCAUCUGCAAUUUCUAUACGAUUCUUUCAUUUGUCCGAAUAAAGUGAUUUAGAUGAUGGAUUUUAAGGGAUUAGCAAGGCAUUUUAUGAAGAAAGAUGGGACUAGUGAGUUGGAUGUGGUCUAUCCAAUUAAAUCAGAAUGCCAAGCUGAAAUGCCGAAGACCGGUUUUAAGCUUAGGGCUGGGAAAACCCUUAGUGCAAGACGAUGGUACACUGCAUUCUCUCAAGAUGGGCAUUUGGAUAUAGAGAAAGUGCUUAGAAGGAUCCAGCGAGGGGGUGUUCAUCCUGCAAUCAAAGGGGCUGUCUGGGAGUUCUUGUUGGGUUGCUUUGAUCCUAAUAGCACAUUUGAAGACCGGAUUCAGCUCAGGGAACAGCGUAGGCAUCAGUAUAGAACGUGGAAAGCUGAAUGUCAAAAGAUGGUCCCAGUUAUUGGUAGUGGAAGGUUUAUUACGGCACCCAUAAUCAAUAAUGAUCGCCAAAUGAUAGAAGAUUCUUCCACAGAUAGUAAUUUUCAAGAUGAUAAUGGAGUUAUGGCUACAUCCCUUGUAGAUUCUUCUUUGGAUCAUGGCAGGCAUGUGAGUAAUGCUGUUUCAGAGAAGAAAGUGAUUCAGUGGAAGCUUAACUUGCAUCAAAUUGGUCUUGAUGUUGUUCGCACAGAUCGAGCACUUGUCUUUUAUGAAAGUGAAGCUAAUCAGGCAAAACUUUGGGAUAUUCUUGCUGUUUAUGCUUGGGUGGACAAUGAUAUAGGUUAUGUUCAAGGAAUGAGUGAUAUUUGCUCACCAAUGGUAAUUCUUCUUGAAAACGAAGCAGAUGCAUUUUGGUGUUUUGAGCGCGCAAUGCGAAGGCUGAGAAAAAACUUUAGAUGCAGUACUAGUUCAGUAGGGGUGCAAGCUCAGCUGAGUGCACUCUCACAGAUAAUUAAAGUUAUUGAUCCUAAGCUUCAUCAACACCUUGAGGAUCUAGAUGGUGGGGAGUAUUUGUUUGCAUUUCGCAUGCUGAUGGUACUUUUCCGGCGAGAAUUUUCCUUUGUGGACUCAUUGUAUCUUUGGGAGUUGAUGUGGGCCAUGGAAUACAACCCAAAUAUUUUUUCAUUAUACGAGGAGCCAAGAGAUGCUGCAGAAAAUAUUGUUGCACCCAAAAUAAAUGAAAAAUUGCUGAAGCAAUAUGGAAAAUUUGAGAGGAAGAAUGUAAAGACUGGACGAACAGACCAACAUAGUGCACUUGCUGUUUUUCUUGUUGCAAGUGUUCUUGAGAACAAGAAUAAGCGACUUCUAAAAGAAGCAAAGGGUUUGGAUGAUGUUGUCAAGAUCAUGAGUGACAUAACUGGAAAUCUGGAUGCUAAAAAGGCGUGUAAGAAGGCAUUGAAGAUUCACAAAAAGUAUUUGAGCAAGUUGGGAGAUGGUUGGGUUAGCACCGGUCUCAUUAUCGUCACAGCAGAUUGCGCAGACAGGUCUAGUGUGUACGACAGUGCAGUAGCAACAUAUUUGUCUUGCACGGGCCAGGAUGACACCCUGUCCAAAAAGAAGAAGGAGAUUUUGAGCAACGGCGACUCGUCUAAGAUCAGUGACAGACGGAGCCCCCUUCAGGGCUGCUUGACUUUGAAAAUUGGUAAUGACCAACAACACGAACAUGCAAAAGAGAAUUCUUGAAGAUGCCAUGGUUUUGGUGGAGAGGCUAAAAGGAAUUUGGUUACCAAUGUACCCCAAAUUUUGCUUUUGGGUCUGUUUUCCAUAGAUCAUGAUAGUGCCCUUUAUAUAGAAGUGUGAGAAAGAGAGGCAGUUACUAUUAGUUAAAAACACUUAUUGCUCAUUAUAUGUUCUUUGGACACAUAUAGAACCAAAAUUAUAAUCAGCAAAUUUGAGAAUUAAUGGAGAUUCUGCUUAUAAUUUGGUGUCCAAA